AUGGCAGUGGCCAACACGAGGACCGCCGUGGUUACUGGUGGCUGUUCAGGAAUCGGCCUCGGUCUCGUCCGACAUGUCCUCUCCAAGCCCAACUGGCGCGUGGUCAUCGCAGACAUCCGACCAGAAGCAUACUCAGCCAUUUCCCCGUCUCUAGAUUCGGCUCGGCAUAUCUUCAUCCAUGCAGACGUGGCCUCCUGGGAAUCGCAGGUCGCAUUGUUCAAGCAGGCCAAAUCACCCAUGUUCUGUACCCAAGUCAACCAAAUUGGUGUCUUCUACAGCCUCAAGCUCUUCGUGCACUACAGUCGGAAAACGACUCAGGCGUUGAAAGCCGCCGUUUCCAGUGCUACUCCUACAUCCUCGUGCACUGCCCUGUACCCCUUCCCCAUUGCGCCGGAGUAUUCAUCCACCAAACACGCGGUUCUCGGCCUGACACGUAGCGUGGGCCAACCGCUACUCGCAACCGACAAUAUCGCGGUGAACUGCAUCAUGCCCGCAUUCGUCGCGACACCGCUGAUAUCGCAAGAAAUCACGGAACUGUGGCCGAAGGAGUGGAUCACGCCGCUCUCGACUAUGGCGCGUGCAAUCGAUGAGCUGACGUGCGAAGACGGGCAUGUCGAGCAGGACGGGAAAAGCAACGGGGCAAACGGCGUGGUCAAAGCCGGUCAGGCUGUUGGGUGUGUUGUCGAUCGCCUCUUUUACCGCAAGCCUAUCGACUAUGCGGAUGAAAGCCAGCGGUUCCUUAUCGAGCAAGCUUUCUUGCCAGAUGGCAUCUGGAUGCGUGGAAUCAUGGAGAAAAUCAAGAAAGACCAGGCGGCUGCUGCUACCACCGCCACCACUACUACUUCUGGUUAA